ACCCUUGUUCUCAAUGCGUCAAAAGGAUAAUAAGCCGGAAUCCCGGCACUGGGCGCUUAACUAUAUCUGACGUUAAAGUUGGAGGCAGAGGAUGUCAAUCGGGAAGAGGUUUUCAACGUUAGUUCGUUCAACCUUCCGAGAAGCAACAAUCGCAGUUCUGAAAGGAUAUCCCGAGUCGGACUUUCACCCUUAUGGCAUAUGCCCUAACAGUUAUAUUUGAAUCCGGGUAUCGAUCCGCUUGUUCUUGCAAUCGAUCCACAACAGAACGAAUGGCUUCAUCAGACAAAACAGAACAACCGACGGCCGCCGAUUCGCCGGAUGAGAACAAAUCGGAGACGCCGGUCGUGGAUAAUGCAGCAGCAGCAGCGAGUAACGACAACACAUCAGAGGAGAAAUCUCAGCCCGGUACAGGAUCUGGAACUCUGAACGAAGCUAGUACCCCUGGCGGCGAGGCAGCUGGAUGUAAUGCUGGACAACAGCUUGCGGCCGAUUCUGAUUCAGAGGAGGAGGAGGAGGAGGAGGAAUGGGACAUGUCGCGCAUGGGAUUCAGAGGACCCAUUGGAAUCCCUAUGACUGGCGGUGGAGGCCUCAAACGACCCAUGCAGAAACCCCGACCUAAGCCCUCUACUUAGAUCGCCAAAUCAUUUUUGUGUACGACCCGAUGGUGGAAGGAAUCUAAUAUGAAAUCUCGAUAAGGCGUGAGCAUUGACCAAUGUUAUGGUGCAACAAGGAGAGAGGGAUAAAGAGUAUGGAUUGACAUUUCCGGCAGUUGGGUUGUCCGUGUGCGCAAAACACCGGGACUCGGUGUUACUUUGAGCGAAAAGAAGCCAAGAGAUUUAACGCGGGACCCGAUACAAAC